AUGAAAUGUGAAAAGUGUCAAAUUGAUAAACUUUCAGAAGAAUUUCCAUUUGAUACAAUAAGUUCAAAAUGUGAGCAUAUUACAUCUUGGUGUUUAAAGUGCCUUGUAAAAUAUCUGAAAGAAACGCAACAACAUCAAUGUCCUAUAUGUAAAACUGAAUUAACUGAACAAGAAUUUAAUGAUUACUGCUUGCUUUGGGACAAUGCAAGCUUUAAAAUCGAUCUCGAAAGUUUCUCACAAGAACGUACCAAAUUUCCUGAACAAGAUAGUACAAAUUCUGAAAUUUUUUAUGUUGUCCGUUUAAAUGGUGAAAAGUUUGAAUUUAAACUCUCCGAAAUCAAUACAGUUCGGGAGCUAAAACAUAGAUUGAUGAAUUAUACCAAGAUAGAUACUGAUAGACAAAUGCUAAUUCAUAAAAACGUGGAGCUCAAAAAUUACAGGAUUGACGAUACCCUUGCAAGUUAUGGGAUCUGCGCAAAUAGCUAUAUUCAAUUUAUCGUUGUACUUUAUUCUGUUUCAAAGAAGGAAGCAGUAAAAAACUUGGCAUUUGAUUUAUAUUGGGGUUAUCCUGAUAGAGGAUUAGACUAUCUUGAUGGGAGUUGUUUGAUAUAUAAAGGUGAAAAUUUAUGGAAAACGUAUGACUGGUCACAUCUUUCUUAUACUGAAAUACCAUAUAUAAAACAUUCCGGAGACAUCAUGAAUAACGAAAAUGCAAAACUUGAAAAAUUUCCUAAAGAUGUUACGCAACUUUAUUUAGUCUUAAGCUCAUUUAGAAAACCAACAAUUGGUCAUUUUCGUAAUCCAAGCUUUAAAUUAUAUGAUGAAGAAAGACCGGAUAAACAACUUUGUAAUUACAAUAUAACUAAAGCUCACGAAUCACAAGCUAUUAUAAUGUGCCUUAUUAACCGAUCGCAUGGCAAUUGGAAUGUGAUUGAAGUUGGUAGGCAGUCACAAGGAAACACUAAUAACUACAGUCCAAUUGUAGAAAGUAUUAAGGAAAUUAGAAAUAUAUUAAAAAAGAGGUUUGAUAUUGGCUAA